AGAGCAAGACGAAGACGCACGCGCACACACAAACACAAACAGAAGCGUUAGCUUUAGCUUCACGCUAUCACUGAACCAGUGGAUGAAUUUUAUAUAUUAAUAAACACUUAGGUUUUUAUUUACAGCGCGCGUGACUGUUCUGUAAAGGUGAGGUGGAGAUUAUUUACUGUGUCUUAAUGACACACACCUGCCCUGGGGCAGAAACCAUUACAGAAACCAUUACAGAAACCAUUACAGAAACCAUUACAGAAACCAUUACAGAAACCAUUACAGAAACGAUUACAGGAGACUAGUGAGUGAGUGUGUGUGUGUGUGUAUCAGGAUGGAGUGUGUGAAGUCGAGCUCGUGCUCUGCUCAGAGUGAAGUGGAGGAGAAAUCUCAGAGUGAGCCGUUAUCUGCGUUCAUGUUGGCCAAGAUCGAGAGGAACAGACAGAGAGCGCUGAUGCUGAGACAAGCCAGACUCGCUACACGCCCUUCUACUGGGGAAGGUGCCACGGCAAGCAAAGUAGCUAAAACCAUCGAUUCUGGUGCAGGAUUCUUCAUCGAGGAGGAAGAGGAGGAGGAGGAGCAGCAAGCCAGCAGAGUGGUGCACAAACCUGCCCCAGUGAUGGAGCCGGAUUAUCUGGUGUGUGAGGAGUGCACAAAACCGUUCAUGGAGUCGUUCCUCAGCAACAGUUUCGAUCUCUCAGUGUGUGACAAAUGCAGAGACAAUGAGCUGAAACACAAGCUGAUUUCUCGGACAGAGGCGAAGCAGCUGUUCCUGUUGAAGGACUGUGAUCUGGACAGCCGUGAGCCGCCGCUGCGCUUCAUCCUGAGGAAAAACCCCCACAAUCCUCGCUGGGGAGACAUGAAGCUCUACCUGACAUCUCAGGUGGUGAGUCGGUCUCUGGAGGUUUGGGGCAGUGAGGAGGCUCUGGAGGAGGCGCGAGAGACUCGAGCGGAGAACAAAGAAGUACAGAAACAGAAACGCUUCAACAAGAAAGUCAAAGAGCUGAGGCGUGCGGUGAGGAGCAGUGUGUUCAGGAAGGACACUGGUGUCCAUCAGCAUGAGUACGGUGAGGAGGAGCUGGUGGACGAGGACGAGGAUCAGUACAGGAAAGUGUGUAAGACCUGUGGACAUCAGCUCACCUACGAGAAGAUGUAGGACCGGCUGUGUCUCAAAUCUGUCCUGUGCUCUCUCCCACACACACACACACACACACGCUCGGCGGUGUGAGGAUGGAGCGCCGGUGGAAAUGUUCCUGGACGUCAGAAUGAUGGGAUCAACACUCUGUUACAUUUCACAGUUGAUAUGAACUGUUGCCUAAACAUGCUGCCUACUGAGGGAACGAGUUUCUGAUUGGAACACGAACGUCGGUUACAUUCCAACUGAAGUAAAUGUAAAUAAUUUUGUAAUAAAGAACCAACUCAGGGGUUUGGGGUGUUCACCUUCAUCAUGUUGAGAAGUGUGUGUGUGUGUGUGUGUGUAUGAACCUUAUUCUCUCUUGUAUAGUUCAUGCCUAAUGUGCUGUAUUUGGCUGAAAAUAUUUGUGUGUGUGUGUGUUUGUGAGUUGGACUUCCUCUGUAUCCUUCCACCACGGAUUCCUCACUGGAUCUGCUCGAAGAUAUCAACUUUUAUCAGUAGAUCUAUUUGGUGCUAAAGUCCCAUUUUUUUUCUGUAUAAAACUGAGGGGGCGGAGCUGAGUUUGUGAUGUCAUCAACUAAAAUGGAUUUCAACCUAUCACACAUGAUAUGCAAACGACUAUAGAAAAAUGGAUUAAAGAUACACAACACACUUUUA